AUGCAAUCUUUUGAGACAAGGAAGGCGUUGGCUGACAAGACUAGGGAGGUUGCUAGUCUGCAGAAGACCAAUAAAAGGGUCAAGGCAAAAAUGAAGACUUUGGCAGACCAGGCUGAGGCUGCUGUCAAAGCUAAGGAUGAUGCCGAAGAAAAAGCGGAUGCCGCUGAGGCUAUUAACAAAGUUCUUGAGGCCCAGAAAAAAGAGGUCGAAGAAAAGACGAUCGAGGCCCAGAAAGAGUUGCAGGAUGCCUUGGCCACAAAAGACGCCGAGCUCAAGGCCGUCGAUGAGAAGGCAUACAAUGAGGGGGUGGCCGAUGUCACGGUAGACUACGAGAAACAGGAGUUAGCUAUAACCUUUGACGAAGCCUUGAGCUUGGAACAGUUACCUAAGCGUGCUGUCAUACUUGGGGGAGGGUACAUUGCUGUUGAAUUUGCUUCAAUAUGGAAGGGUAUGGGUUCUGCAGUGGAUCUAUGUUUCAGAAGGGAACUUCCAUUAAGAGGUUUUGAUGAUGAAAUGAGAGCAGUGGUUGCAAGAAAUCUGGAAGGCAGGAAAAUUAAUUUGCAUCCCAGGACAAAUCUGACAGAG